UAAGAAAAACACGAUGGUCGACCAGGCAGUGCUGGACAAACUUGAGACAGGCUACGCCAAAUUGGCGGCGUCGGACAGCAAGUCUUUGCUGAAGAAAUAUCUGACCAAGGAAAUCUUCGACCAGCUCAAGACUAAGAAGACUUCCUUCGGCUCCACUUUGCUCGACGUGAUCCAGUCCGGAUUGGAGAACCAUGACUCCGGCGUUGGUAUCUACGCCCCUGACGCCGAAUCAUACACCGUCUUCGCCGACCUCUUCGACCCCAUCAUCGAGGACUACCAUACCGGGUUCAAGAAGACCGACAAACAUCCACCAAAGAACUUCGGGGACGUUGACACCCUUGGAAACCUUGACCCGACUGGUGAAUUCAUUGUCUCUACUCGCGUGAGGUGCGGACGUUCCCUCGAGGGUUACCCCUUCAACCCUUGCUUGACCGAAGCCCAGUACAAGGAAAUGGAAGACAAGGUUUCCAGCACCCUGUCUGGUCUCGAAGGCGAGCUGAAGGGUACCUUCUACCCACUAACCGGAAUGGCCAAGGACGUCCAGCAGAAGUUGAUCGAUGACCACUUCCUCUUCAAGGAAGGCGACCGUUUCCUCCAGGCCGCAAACGCUUGCCGAUUCUGGCCGACUGGUCGUGGAAUUUACCACAACGACGCCAAGACUUUCCUUGUUUGGUGCAACGAAGAGGACCAUCUUCGCAUUAUUUCCAUGCAGCAGGGAGGUGACCUUGGAGAGGUUUACCGUCGUCUCGUAAAAGCUGUGAAUGACAUCGAGAAGCGCAUCCCCUUCUCCCACCACGAGCGUCUCGGCUUCCUGACCUUCUGCCCCACAAACCUCGGCACCACGGUUCGUGCUUCUGUACACAUCAAGGUGCCAAAGUUGGCCGCCAACAAAGCUAAGCUGGAGGAAGUUGCCAGCAAGUUCAACCUGCAGGUCCGCGGUACUCGUGGCGAACACACUGAAGCCGAGGGUGGAAUCUACGACAUUUCCAACAAGCGACGCAUGGGCUUGACCGAGUACGACGCCGUGAAGGAGAUGCACGACGGAAUCGCCGAGCUUAUCAAGAUCGAGAAGGAGCUCUAAUAACCCGAUCCUUCCGUUAAGA